CAAGGGUUGGGGGGAGCCGGGUCCCCCUCCAUCGAAAACGGGAGCCAGGCGCGGCGUGAAGCUGGGCGAGGGCUGCGGCAGGCUGAGGAUGCUGCGGAGCCGGGGGCUGCUGGUGCUGUGUCUGGGCCUGGGGCUGGCCAAGCCGCCCCCCGAGAAGCGGGACCGGGUGCACCACGGGCAGGAGCUGAGUGACCACCCACACGACGACCGCCAGGGCUUCCAGUACGACCACGAGGCCUUCCUGGGCAAGGAACAGGCCAAGACUUUCGACCAGCUCACGCCCGAGGAGAGCCGGGAGCGCCUGGGGAAGAUCGUGGAUCGGAUCGACCGGGACAGGGACGGCUUCGUGACCCAGGGCGAGCUGAAGGACUGGAUCAAGCACACCCAGAACCGGUACAUCUUCGAGAACGUGCAGAAGAACUGGCGGGACUACGACCGGGACGGCGACGGGCGCAUCGCCUGGCCUGAGUUCAAGAACGCCACCUACGGCUACUACGAGGGGGAGGAGUUCGGAGACCUGGAGGACAAACAGUCCUACCGCAAGAUGCUGGCGCGGGACGAGCGGCGGUUCAAGGCGGCCGACAGGGACGGGGACAUGGUCGCCACGCGGGAGGAGUUCACCGCCUUCCUGCACCCCGAGGAGUUCGACUACAUGAAGGACAUCGUCGUCACGGAAACGAUUGAAGACAUUGACAAGAACGGGGACGGCUACGUGCAGGUGGACGAGUACAUCGGCGACAUGUACACCCCUGAGAGCGGCGAGCCAGAGCCCGAGUGGGUGCAGAGCGAGCGGCAGCAGUUCCUGGAUUUCCGGGACCUGGACCGGGAUGGGCGGCUGGACCGGGCUGAGAUCGGCCACUGGAUCCUGCCCCAGGACUACGACCACCCCGAGGUGGAGGCCAAGCACCUGCUGUACGAGUCCGACAAGGACAAGGACCAGCGGCUGACGAAGCAGGAGAUUCUCGACAACUGGAACAUGUUCGUGGGCAGCCAGGCCACCAACUACGGGGAGGAUCUGACCCGCAAACACGAUGAGCUGUGACCGGGGGGGGCCUGGGCCCCCCUGCCCCCCACAAUGCCACUACACGGACCCAGGGGGGAGGGGACUUAUUUAUUGGGGGCCUGUACGGAUUGGGAGGUGUGGUAGGGCACGGACUAGGGGCAAGGGGCCAGGAGCCAGGACUCCUGGGUUCUCUGCCCCCCCCCACUCUGGGA